AUGUCUAGCUACACUUUUGAAUGGCCAGAAGGUCCAAAGGAAGUCAUCGUUACUGGUUCCUUCGACUCUUGGAGCAAGUCUUUACCAUUGGUUAAACAAGCCGAUGGCUCUUUUGCCCUCACCGUUCCAAUCAAGGAAGUCGAAGAAAAGAACUUCUUCAAGUACCUCGUUGAUGGUGAAUGGAAAAUCUCUGACAAACACUCCAAGGAUACCGAUGACAAGGGUAAUGUCAACAAUGUUUUCACUAAGGAAGAUUUGUUUACUGAUGCCAAGGAAGGUGAAGUCGCCAUCCCAGAAGCCGCUGGCUUGACCACCAAGGUUGCCACUGAAGAACCAAAGGUCGAAGAAGAAUCUAAGGAAGUCGUUGCUGAACCAGAAUCUAAGGCCGAAGAACCAAAGGCUGAAGAAGAAGUCAAGGAAGAAGAACCAGUCGCUGAAGCUGAAGAAGCUAAGGCUGAAGAAGAAACCAAGGAAGCUGCUCCAAUUUCCAAAGAAAAGGUUAAGAAGGAAAAGACUAAGUUGACCUCAAAAUUGACUUCCGUUAGAAGAAGAAUUUCCAUCUUCGGUACCAAGGAAUUGAAGAAAUUAGAAGAAACCAUCAAGAAGGAAGAACCAGCAAAGACUGAAGCUGAAAAGGAAGUCAAGGAAGAAGCUAAGGUUGAAGAACCAGUUGAAGAAGCUAAGGUUGAAGAACCAGUCGAAGAAGCUAAGGAAGAAGCUAAGGCUGAAGAACCAAAGGUUGAAGAAGAAGCUAAGGUUGAAGAAGAAGCUAAGGUUGAAGAACCAAAGGUUGAAGAAGAAGCUAAGGUUGAAGAACCAAAGGUUGAAGAAGAAGCCAAGACAGAAGAACAAGUUGAAGCUACUGAAAAAGCUGUUGAAGAACCAAAGGCUGAAGAAGAAGCUGCUGAAGAACCAACAGUUGUGGAUGAAGUCAAGGAAGAGGCCACUGAAGCCGUUAAGGAAGUUAAGAAAUCUACAAACGAAGCCAAGGAACAAAUCUUGAAGAGAUUCUCCACCAUCAAAGCCAAGAAGAGAGUUUCUUCCUUCUUUGGUAAGAAGAAGGCCGCUGCUCCAGCUGCAGAAGCCGCCAAGGAAGAAUCCAAUGAACCAAAGGAAGUUAAAAAGGUUGAAGAUACUGUCACUGAUGAAGCUCCAGUUACUUUGGACCCAAAGGAAGAUGCUGCCCCAGCUGAAGAAGAGGAAGCCAAGGCUGAAGAGCCAGUUGAAGAAGCUAAGGCUGAAGAGCCAGUUGAAGAAGCUAAAGCCGAAGAGCCAGUUGAAGAAGCUAAAGCCGAAGAGCCAGUUGAAGAAGUUAAGGCUGAAGAACCAGUUGAAGAAAUCAAGGAUGCUAAGGUUGCCCCAGUUGAAGAAGCUGAAGCCGCGGCCGCGGCCGCUGAAGAACCAGAAGCCGCUCCUGAAAAGCCUGCUGAAAAGACCACCAAGAAGGAAAGAAGAAAGAGCUUUAUGUUGAAGGUCAAGAGCAUUUUCUAA